AGUCUUAUAUGAGGCUCUUGACUUUCACUUUGAGACUCGAGCUUUUCUUCCACCGGUCAGCAAUGAACUGAUUCGUUUACCGGAUUUGAGCUGUAAUGUCUUUUUAUCAUCAUUGACAUGUUCGUCUGGCCGCGAACCAGUAGAGGUGUGGAUCUGAACUGGUUUCUGGCUGUUUGAACUGUGAAGAGACGGAGAAGGGAAGAUGUGGCACAGUGUGUUCGUGCUUGCAGCCCUGUUGGCUCGCGUGUCCUCACAGGCUGUCCCGGCAGCGAUGAAGCUUCAGAAGAAGGUGGGCGAUGACGUCGUCCUCAGUCCUGACUCCGUGACUGGUCCCAUCAACCACAUCAUCUGGAAAGAUGGCCAGAACAUCGGCGUCCAGUGGGAUACACCCGACUCAGAGGUUACUUACAAUCGUCAUUUUAAAGGGCGCACGAGCCUGAACACUUCAACUGGAGCGCUGACAAUCAGGGGACUGAAUCGAAAUGACAGCACACUGUACACCCCGGAAAUCAACGGCUUCAUUUCCACUCCCACUCGGCUCAUCGUCCUCGCUCCAGUCCCCGUUCCCAAAGUAACUGCAACCUGCAACGAAGAGAAGAGCAGCUGCACUUUGACCUGCGAGGGAAACCUCACAGACGUGGAGCUCGUCAUCUACAACUGGAAGCUGGACGACGUCCCAAUGGGGAACGCCCCUAAAGAUCACCACAUUGAAAAGGAGGAGAGUCUGAAUGUAAAGGAGUUCAGCUGCGAGCUGGAAAAUCCUGUUAGUCUGGAGAGCAGCAAACGCAUCGCCAACCCGUUCACCACCGACACGACGCCUGAAAGGCAAGUGAAUAUCAACACUGGACUCAUGGUGUUCCUCUCCCUGCUGGGAGCUGUGGGGCUGCUGACUGCCAUACACAGGUGGAGAGCAGGGAUGUGGUUCUUCCAGAAAGAAUCCAUGCCUUGGGAGGCAGAUUUCUGGAGCAAGGACGAGAGGGGGUCAAGAGAUGCUGAGACUAAUGGAACCACGACUCGUCGAGAAAGGGGACGAGACGACGAGGAAACUGCGCUGACAUAAACGAACAAAUGGAGAAAACGUGCAGAAACAACGAUCCCACAUUCCACUCAUUAGCCACAGAGAAGGUUUCACACUUGAGGUAGAGCUCAGCUCCAUCUGAGGUUCGCUCGGAAAAGAGAUUUCAGGACAAAGCCAGGAAACUCAGCUUUCCUGUGACCGACACCAAACCUGGCACCAACAACUGCCCCCCCGACUCAUUAACCCAGCGGCCGGGUGUAGUUUCUAGUGUGGAUGUCACGCAGCCUCAUGGCGUUGGAGCACAGCAGGACUUUCAAUAAGGUGGAAGAGGGACGCCAUUGUUUGGUCCAGGCCGACAGCAACAAUACAGGCUUUGUGCCGAACUUUUCCACCGACUCCUCUGCAGCCAGUUUGCUAACUCGUUUAAAUACAGGGGAGUUUUAGCUCAAGGUCAAUCAAUUGUUGUUAUUUUUGGAUGUAUGAUCUUUUUUAAAUCUUCUAUUUAUUUGUCCGUUAAAUGUUACCUCUAUAUUUUGCUCUGAGUUUUUUAAAUGUUUAGUUUUGCAGCUUUUAAACACAUAAUCAAACUAAAGCAAAAAAGAGCAAAUUGAGAACAAAAUUUAAAUGUCGAGAAUAAACUUGAAAAGAAACGCAGACAUAAUCUCCCCAUUUUCCACAUGUUGACUUUUCUUGAAAUGCAGAAGGGUGAAAAAACUCUUCCUCUUUUCCUGCGUAAAUUAGAUCAGGUGACACUUUCCUGGUUUUACUCCGAGUCCUUUUUGUAAUUUUUUCCUUGUCGUUUUGAAAGCUGAGGAUAUCAAGUUUUUAUUUUAACCAACAAAAAAGCACUUGUUCUUUUUACUUUUGGGAGUUUUAAAAGGUUCGAGACAUUUCGAAACCAGAGGCACUGAGAUAUUUAAAGCCUGCCUGCUGACGAUUUGCUGCAGUGUGAGAACAUGAAAUGAAGAUAUGUACAAGUGUUCUUAUGAAGGUGAUAUCGAAUAAAACUGACAGAAUAUCAAAUCA